CGUGACAGAGCUGCGCGCGCAACGGGCGGGAGAUAGGAAAAACAAUAACGCCCGAAACGGCGGCCUGGCAACCGUCAUGGCCCGGAUAGGACGCAGUGACGAUCUGGAAGACUUUCAUUAUCAAGACACAGAUUCUGAUGUUCCUGAGCACAGAGAAAACAGAGUCAUGGUGAAAUGGACCCAUGAGGAGGAUGAAGUGCUGAGAGCCCUUGUGAAGAAGUAUGGGCCGGGUGAAUGGAAACAGAUAGCCAGCCACAUGCUUAACCGGACAGAGCAGCAAUGCCAACAAAGAUGGCUCCGCGUUCUUCAUCCAGACCGUGUCAAAGGACCAUGGACUAAAGAGGAAGAUGAGAAGGUUAUUGAGCUGGUGAAGAAGUAUGGAACUAAGCACUGGACACUUAUAGCGAAGCAACUGAAGGGAAGGUUGGGUAAACAGUGCCGUGAGCGAUGGCACAACCACCUCAAUCCAGAGGUGAAGAAGUCCUCCUGGACUGAAGAGGAGGAUCGAAUUAUCUGUCAAGCGCACAAAGUUCUAGGCAAUCGCUGGGCAGAAAUAGCAAAGCUGUUGCCUGGGCGGACAGACAAUGCAGUGAAAAAUCAUUGGAAUUCAACCAUCAAGCGGAAAGUGGAGACAGGUGGCUAUCUGAAUGGAAUGAAGAUCAGCAUCACAGAGGAGAAGGACGAAAAGGAAGACUCUGCUUAUCAGGCUGCUGUGGAAGAGAUAGAACCAUGCUUUGUUUCUGAAGUCAAGGUCGAGACCGUAGAACAUGGCCCCAACUCUGACAUAAUGGAAGUGAAAAUAGUUGAGGUAAAGUCUGAGCAGCUGAGUGAAGGCGAGGAAGAGGAGAGUGCAGGGUCCAGCCCGUCAUCUGCCUCUGUGAAUUCUGCCCCAGAGAAAUGGAUGGUGGAGUAUGUCAACUGCCUAGUGCCAAGCAAUGACAUGAUCGAAUCGGAUGCUGAAGGUUGGUGUGACCUUACAAGUUUUGAUUUGGCGGAUGAAUCUGCGGUUACUGAUGUUGGCAGUCCUAACUCUGAGACUUCAUCAAAACCCCUUGCAACCAAUGUUACUGAAUAUCGUCUAGAUGGACACACCUUGUCUGACCUGAGUAAGGGUAGCAAGGGGGAGUUGAUUCCUAUAUCUCCACGUCCACAUGCUGGAUUUGGGACCCCACCAUCCCUGCUGAAACACAAGAAGAGGAGGAUCACAUUGUCGCCUGUGACGGAAAGUGUGGCCAACACUAGUGCCUCCACUACAGAUACAAAUAGCAUGACCCCCAAAAGCACUCCUGUUAAAUCACUGCCCUUCUCUCCAUCACAGUUUUUGAAUUUUUGGUCGAAACAUGAUGCACUGGAGCUGGAAAACCCAUCUCUAACCUCCACACCUGUCUGUAGCCAAAAGGUGGUUGUAACCACACCUCUCCAUCGAGACAAAACGCCAUUGCUACAGAAGAAUUCGGCGUUUGUGACGCCAAAUCAUAAAUUUAUGGGGGAUAAUGCACCCCACACGCCCACCCCGUUCAAGAAUGCUUUAGAGAAGUUUGGGUCAUUAAGGCCAUUGCCUCCAACCCCUCAUCUUGAAGAAGAUCUGAAGGAAGUUUUACGCAACGAAUCUGGUAUAGAACUGGUCAUUGUAGAUGAAUCCAAACAUGAACGUCCAAAAAGGAAACCUGGGCAUUCUCACAGUCCGAUCAAGAAGGUGCGGAAGUCUCUUGCUUUAGAUGUGGUUGACAAGGAGAUCAAGCCUCCCACACUUUCCCUUUCUUCGGCAGUCUCUCUAGAAGUACAGCCGCAGUCCUGCGAGAGCUUCUUGUCCAUGUCCCUGAAUGAGUCGUCUUGCAGCACUAAAGAGAACAGUUUAUUAAAUCAGGGAUUUGUCCAGGUGAAGCCAAGCAAAGGCUCCUCCGUCUACGAUGAAACCUCACACACUGACAUUGGCGAGCUGGUGAAAACGCAGGAGGCAACUGCUCGGAAAACCAGUAAAAGCGUAUUCAUCAAAAUGGAACCCUCCAUACACUUCAUUACAGACUCUGGCCCGAGCUCACCUGUAGAUGCGGACACGGCUGUCAAGACCUCGUAUUACAGGAGUAAAGGAGCCAUUUUGAAGCCUGACAAACCUAUCAUUUGCAAUGCUGAGAAGCAGUCAGCAACACAAACAGAAACCCUCAGGAUUCCCGAACCGAUGAGUAAAGCUUGGAAAAUCAUCGCUUUUGGUGGCUCCCAGGACCAGCUGCUCAUGCAGGAGAAAGCCAGAGCAAUUCUGAACUUGUACAAACACAGCUCUACUUCACGGACUCUCAUCAUGUCAUGAUGCAGCCAAAAAAAGACUUGUCCAUCAUCUAGUUUUAGAAGAACCACCUCACCGUGCAGCUACAAAGACCCCAGCUAUCUAUUAACAGUGGGUUCUGGCUGGACCACACGUUACUCAGGCUUGUGCUGUCUCCAUAAAAGGUCCAAAAUAAAUGGUAAAUUAAAUAGAAACACCAAUUCCUUCCCCCCCCCCCCCCCCCCCCCCCCCCCACGAUCUUAUAACUGUACGGUAAGUCACACUUUUCAGUAUUGUAAAAGGGUGGUCCAGCAUAAAAACACACUGCCGUGUUGUGUCCAUGGGCUGUGGCAUUGCAUCUUAUCACAAUUCUCUUGCCUGGUGACAAGCCCCUUUAAAAGGACAAAAACCUUCAAAAGAUGUUAGUCAUAUACCUAAUACACAAUUGGAUCUGAGCUGUAGUUUUCAAUUUAUAAAUUGAACCUAUAUUGAUUGGGGCGUUUAUCAAAAUAGUUGGAAAUGUUCAUUGCAACCGGUCUGAUUGCUCCUUUUCAUUUUGCAAGUUUUUUGGUUCCCCCUUCCCAAAUCAGAUCUGUUGUAAAUUAGCUAGCGGAGGAUGUAGGGAGAGUUUGCUUACAAGUAGGUAUAUUUGUAUUUGCUGUUAGUAUGACUGAUCUUAAAGGGGUUCUCUGGUAUUAAGUAAGCAGACACGUCUUAUGAAGCAAAAUUCAUAUUGCAGGGGAAGAAAGCCUCUUUGCAACCAUCGCCCCCGUACAAUGAGAUCAACAUUUUGGGGACCCUUUCUUCUUCUUUUUUUUUUUUUUUUAACACUAUUAUAACUGACUAUUUGUACAGGGGGUUGUCUGAAAUUAGGAAAUAAAAGAUGUUGUUUUUAUUUAAUUUUUUUUAUUUAUUUUAUUGCAUUUGUCAUCACUUACCAAUAGGUGAUGCGUCCGGUCACUGUAGAUUGGUGUCUGUCUGAUGAUAUCUCUGCCGACACAGAUGGCGAUACCAAUCUGUAGAAAAAGGCUUUUUUAUUAUGUGAAAAUUGACCCCCAAGGUGCAACAAGGGCGGUAUAGUUGCACCCAGAGACUCCUUUCCCUGUUUGCUAUGCUCUGCCUCCACCACUGUGACAGACAGGCCAGACAGUGAAACCCUAUGCAUCCCUGGCCCUGAACU